AUGUGCCACCAUGCGGGGUCAGUGAUAUCCUAUCUUUUAAAAAAAAAUUUUAAUGAAGAAAAAUUAAAAUGUGACGAUGCAGCUCUGUGGAAGAAUACCCCUGGGUUCAAUCCCCAGUACCAACAAAAGAGAAACAGUGGUCAGAGCCAACUUUAUGUCUGUGUCUGUGCAGGUUGGAUCCCUGAGACUGUGGAGGAAUGGAAAUUUCUCCUCCAUCUCCUGCAGAGCAAGAGCCCAAGGACAGCCACCCGGGAAUCACAGAAUGGGAGCGUCAGUGAUGGGUCUUCCCCAGUCAGCAUGGAAAAUGUGGCUCUCUUGUUAGCUAAGUCCGUGGGCCCGGAUCGUGCCUGGUCACUGCUACAGGAAUGUGGUGUGGCCCCUGAGUUGUCGGAGAAGUUUACUAGAACCUGUGAUAUCCUGAGGAUUGCUGAGAAAAGGCAGAGAGCCUUGAUACAAAGCAUGCUUGAAAAAUGUGAUCGGUAUCUCUGGUCUCAGCAGACCUAAUGGAAGAAGUUUUGAAAAAACACUGAAUCGGGCUCCUGAAUCUUCAGAAUGCAGUGGGGACCUGAAGAGAAGCCGCACCCAGGGGACGGACCCUGCUGCUGUCGGUGUCUGCGCCCUUGGCACGUGUGGUCUGUGACCUCGGCCUUUUUCAACCGAAGUUGCAUCGUGAAGGAGUUGGUCCUCGUUUGCUGGCAUCAGAGGUGAAUGUUACAGCUGUGUAGUAUUUCUUUGGAGUGCAGUAUUAUUUGCUCGUGCACAGUGGAUUGGGGGGACUUCUUUCCCACUAAGGCUCCUGUGCUGGGAGCAGAAGCUUUGUACCUCAUAAAGAUAAUGUUAUUAACCUGAGUUGAAUUCUUUUUGAAUCUUUUCUACGUCAGUCUACAAAUUACUGAAAAUAACCCUGAAGUUAACAGAAUUAACAUAAAAUAAGUGGAAUACUAAAGAUUCAAAUUAGAGAUUGAAAUAAAAUUUCCCAUCUCUAAAUUGAUCUAAAGUCUUUGCCCCGUAUUUAUUUGACAUUUUAAAAUUGAACCUCGAUACAGUUGAGUAAUUCACUAGUCAAGAAGAAACCUACUAUUCUUCCUAAGCAGAGUGGGCCAAGAGAAGCGUGCACUUUUAAGCAUUGUUUUUGAAAGCCAUAAUAAAAGAAAGCUGGGUCCUAAUCAAGACCGCAGCCAGCGCUUGUGUCAUUUGCACUAUGUAACCAGAUUGUCGUUGUCAGACUGCUGCCCAUUUGUAGCACAUUCUAUUGCUAAGAAAUGUAAAAGCGGAUGAAAGUUUCCAUUUGGAGAGAACAUAGAUUUGAGGCUUAUCUUUGAACAAUUUGCAGGAAGGUGAGCUCAGCACGGAGUAAAGUGUUGCUUGCAUUGAAUGAGUCGAGUUGGGUUUUUUCCCAC